AUUAUCCUCUUCUUCUAGUUUUUUCUCAUUUUCUUUUCUUUCUUUCUGAUACCCAUUUCACCGAAUAACAGUUUCUCAAAAUUUUCAAUUCUCAUCUCAAAUCUCAAUAUUCUUAAAAAAAAAAUGAGAGAAAAACGUUAAAAAAACAAUCUCAUUUCAAUUCACAAAUCCAAUCGAAAAAUUAGGGUUAGGUUUUUUCAAUUUCUUCCCCAAAAAAAGAAACGCGUCGAAGAAAACGAGAACAAGAAUCAAUCAUUUAUGAUUCUUUCUUCAAUCGGAAAGAGAAUUUUGAUCGGUGUGUUAAUCUCGUUGUUGUUGUUGUUGGUGGUGGUGGUUCAAUCCUCUGCGGCGGCGUUAAACGGUAACACCAUGAAGAUUCACCCUGCUCCGAGAAAGCGCAACAUCACAAUCCAAUUCGGAACCAACGGCGGCAACCCGGCGUCGGAGGCUCAGGCUCUGUUAGGAAUCUCCGGGAAGAAAUUACGGCGUCUACCGCACGUUUUCAGCUGCGUAUUGGAACUUCCGUUUCGAUCGGAUGCAGAUGUUGCGAUUGAAGAGGCGCCUGAUUGUUUCCGGUUUGUGGCGGAGACGGAGGGAAUCGGGGAGGUGAGGACUCAUACGGUGGAGAUCCAUCCUGGCGUGACGAAGAUCGUUGUGAGAGAUGGGGAGUCUUUGGAAUUGUCGCUUGAUCAGUUGGAGAUUGAUAUGUGGAGGUUUAGGUUGCCGGAAUCGACAGUGCCAGAGCUUGCGAGUGCGGUGUUUGUCGAUGGGGAGUUGAUUGUUACGGUGCCGAAGGGAGAUGAGAUGCAGAAUGUUGAAGGUGGUGAUAAUGAUAGAGGUAUGGGUGGUAGACUUGUGCUUGUACAGUGAUGAUAAUGAUGAUGAUGGUGGUGAUGAUAAUGAUGAUGAUGAUGAUAAUCAUGAUGGUGAUGAUGAUGAUGAUGGUGAAAAUUCUUUUGCUUAACACCUUUAAAAUGCGACUUUUUAGUAUAUGCGGGUUAGGUUUCAGGUUUAUUGUUGUUGGGUGUAGCUAAUUUCUUUUGUAUGUGAAUUUGAUUGUUGCUGCAACAUUAAUGUUCUUUUUUCAAUAAUGUUCUAUAUUCAUGGCAA